AUUAGCCCCAGCAAAUUAAGCUGGACAUGAACUGCAAAGGAAAGAGCAAUUAACCAUGGGGAAAGCAGUCGAGAAGCCUCACGUUAUCUGCAUCCCAUACCCUACUCAAAGUCAUAUAAGCGCAAUGCUUAAGUUGGCCAAACUUCUCCACCACAAGGGCUUUCACAUAACAUUUGUUCACACAGAAUAUAACUACAAGCGUUUGUUGAAGUCACGAGGUCCCAACUCUCUGGAUGGUUCACCAGAUUUCAAUUUUGAGACCAUCCCAGAUGGCCUCCCCCCAUCUGAAAAUGAUGAUUGUACUCAAGAUGUUUUCCAGCUUUGUCUUUCAAUUGAAAAACAUUGCUACGGUCCUUUCGUUGAUCUAGUUAGGAAGCUCAACAAAAGGGCUUCAGUUGAUGAUGAUUAUCCUCCUGUAAGUCGUAUAAUAUCAGAUACUGUUAUGUCAACAUUCACACUUGAAGCAGCUCAAGAACUAGGACUUCCAAAUGUACUGUUUUGGACUGUCAGUGCAUUCACUGUCAUGUGCUUCUUGCACUUCCCUCAUCUUCGUGAACGAGGGUAUACACCUCUUAAAGACGAGAGUUAUUUUACAAAUGGGUACAUGGACAACACUAUUGAUUGGAUUCCUGGAAUCACUAGCAUACGCUUAAGAGAGAUGCCAACAAUAAUCUGGACAAGUGAUCCCAAGGAUGAAUUUGUGGACUAUUUCAUAAGGCUAAUGCCAAGAACUUGCCAGGGUUCAGCCCUGAUUUUGAACACUUUUGACGAGCUAGAGCAUGGUAUUUUGAAGGAAUUUUCUUCAAUGAUGGAUCAUGUAUACACUCUUGGACCAAUUCACUUGCUUAUGAACGAUAUGCUAAAAGAUGACCACUACACUGAAUCCAUCCAAUCCAAUCUAUGGAAAGAAGAUGAUACUUGCAUCGAAUGGCUGAAUUCCAAGGGGCGUGGCUCAGUUGCUUAUGUUAACUUUGGUAGCAUUACAGUAAUGACUGAAGAUCAGUUGAUUGAGUUUGCAUGGGGACUUGCUAAUAGCAUGCAAAACUUUCUGUGGAUCAUCAGGACUGAUCUUGUUAAUGGAGGGCCAGUUGUUCUGCCGCCUGAAUUUCUGACUGCUACUAAGGAUAGAGGGAUGUUAGCAACUUGGUGUAACCAAGAACUUGUUCUUAAUCACCCAUCAAUUGCUGUAUUCUUAACACACUGUGGGUGGAAUUCUAUCCUUGAAAGCUUGUCUGCUGGAGUACCAAUGAUUUGCUGGCCAUUUUUCGGCGAUCAACAGCCUAAUUGUUUAUGCUGUUGCAAUUACUGGGAUGUUGGCGUGGAGAUAGACAGUAAUGCGAACAGAACACAGGUGGAGAAGGUGGUAAAAGAGUUAAUGGAGGAUGAAAAGGGCAAGGAGAUUAAGAAGAAGACAUUGGACUGGAAGAGUAAAGCCCAAAAAGCAAUAAAACCGGGUGGAUCUUCCUACUUAAAUCUAGACAAGAUGAUUGAAGAAGUGCUUCUGUCCCCUAAAAUUUAAAUGAUGUAUUAAACCCUUUUUUUCAUUCCAUUCAAGGAACAUCAUGGUCCGUAGUUAUUCAGCAUUACGAUCAUGGACUCUUUACUUUUAUUCUUUCUUGUUUGAAGUGUGGAAAUUUUACUUAAGAAUCCAAUGCCUGUCUUUAA